GCAUUUGAACUGGCAACUGGUGACUAUCUGUUUGAACCUCACUCUGGAGAGAACUACAACAGAGACGAAGACCACAUAGCACACGUCAUUGAGCUGCUGGGACCCAUUCCAAGCCACAUUGCCCUCUCGGGUCACUACUCCAAAGAAUACUUCAACAGGAAGGGAGAACUGAGGCACAUUCACAAUCUCAGACCCUGGGGUCUGAGGGACGUGUUGACGGAGAAGUACCAUUGGGAGGUGGAAGAAGCAGCUGCAUUCACAGCAUUCCUGACUCCAAUGAUGGCCUUCUUCCCUCCCGCCAGGGCCACCGCCCACGAGUGUCUGCAACACCCGUGGCUCAAAUCAUGAUCCUCUCCUCUCCUCUCUCCUCCCCUCUCUCUCCACUUCCUUCCUUCUGCUGUAUUAUGUUAUUGUGUAAUGUAUAUAGCAAUCAUUGACUCUCCAUUCAUUCAAAAGCUGGUGUAUGUUCUAAAUGAUGCCCAUCACACCAUACCGUUGUCCACCAUUAUGUAUAUAUAUUCACUGAUGUUUGUAGUCCAUUGUCGCUGCAGAAUC